AUGAUCUCUUCCACCAUCCUUCACUCCUACCCCUCUUUCAAAUUCCACCCUUUUCUCAAACACCCUUCUCGUGCAAUUCCACUCAAACCCUACCCGCCCAUUUCCAACUUCAGGCACAGCAACCACACCUGCACCGCACUUUUCACCGACGAUGCCCCCUUUGCCGCCGCAAUCGGUGCCUGCAUGUUCACCUCUUUGCUUCUUCCCGUCUCUGCUUCCCCGCAAGACGACGACGACGAAUCCGCCGUCACCACAACCGACGCAAGGCUCGCCGUCAUGGGGAUUCUCAGUUUCAUCCCUUAUUUCAAUUGGCUCAGUUGGGUUUUCGCGUGGCUAGAUACUGGCAAACGCCGUUAUGCCGUCUACGCACUUGUUUAUUUGGCUCCAUAUCUCAGGUCAAAUCUAUCAUUGUCGCCUGAAGAAAGUUGGCUGCCUAUUGCUAGCAUUUUAUUCUGCAUCGUUCACAUUCAGCUGGAAGCAAGCAUUAGAAAUGGAGAUAUUCAGGGGUUUCAAAUAUUCAGGAAUGUUGCAGAUGGGCUAUCAUCAAAUAAUAGGAAGAAAAGUCAUUUGAAUCAGCAUCAAGAAAUGGCUGAGGAGGGAAGCAAGAAAGAAAAGAACCUGUCACAUGCCCAAGAACAAUCAAGGGAUAUUGGAGGUUGGGAAGAUUCAGAGAGGCCUAUACAACCCCGUCAGCACUUGAAUGAAGACUUGGAGGAUGAUGACCAAAAGAGAAGCAAUCACUAA